CUACAGAAGGAGGGAAGCAGAGUUGUGGUUGUGGUUGUUUUGUGUUGGGUUAACAGACACUAGAUUGGGGCUUCUCAAGCUUACACCUGAUAUUAUUUCUGCUUAAAGCAAUGAGCUUUAUAUUUUGUGUGUUGCUGCCAUGGGUACUUCUUGUUGGGGAGCUUCAAGCAAGUAUGAAACCUUCCUAUCUUGGCUUUGGAAAUGUUGAUGCCAGUAAGCAGGUCUCAGGUGACCAGCUUCAUCAGUUGCCACACUGGUUCCACCCUUUGCACCAGGACCAGGCCCAGCCUCGGCCUCGGAGCUCUCUUGCUCCUAGCUCUCAGCCCAAGGUCCAACCCCAGUCUCGCAGCUACCUCCCCCAGCCACUGCUGCAAGCUUAUGGUUCUCAGCCACAAGUCCAGCCCCUGUCACAGCCCCUGGUGCAUGCUCGCAGCUAUCAAGCUCAGCCACAGGCUCAUAGUUACUGGGCUGAGGCCCACCCCCAGCUGCAGCCUCGCAGUCAAGGCCAUCCUGAGAUCCAGGGUCCCCCCCAGGUCCGUUCCCACACCCAGCCUCGGAGCUUUCUGAUUCGUCCCCAAACCCAACCACAGCCUCGUAGGAUUCAGGGCCACCCCAAGACCCAGAUGCAGUCCCAGCCUCAGCCUCGUACUUUUCAGGGCCAACCCCAGGCACAGACCGAGCUGCAGCCUCGCAGCUUUCAGGGUCAUCCUCAGGUCCGUCCCCAGACCCAGCCUCGUAGCCAUCAAGGCCAUCCCAAGACCCAGCUGCAGAGCCAGACCCAGCCACAGCCCAGGAGCUUUCAGGGCCAUCACCAAUUCCAGCCUGAGGGUCAUCCCCAGAAUCAGUUGCAGCCUCGCAGCUUUCAUGGCUAUUCCCACCAGCCGCAGCCUCGCAUCUAUCGUGGCUAUCCCCAGGCUCAGCUGAAGUCCCAGCUGCAGUCACAGCCUCAGUCUCGCAGCUUUCAGGGCCAUGCCCAUCCCAAUCCCCAGGUCCAGAUCCAGACCCAGCCUCGUAGCCAUCAAGGCCAUCCCGAGACCCAGCUGCAAAGCCAGACCCAGCCACAGCCCCCUAGCUUUCAGGGCCAUGCCCAUCCUCAGGCCCAAAUCCAGACCCAGCCGCAGCCUCGCAGCUUUCAGGGCCAGGGCCAUGGCCAUCCCAAGGCCCAGACCCAGCUGCAGUCUCACAGUUCUCAGCCUGAAAGCAAUCAGGCUGAUUCACUGGCACAACCUCGUAGUUCUCUGGCCCAGCCCCAAGACCAGCUGCAUGCUAGCACUUCUCAGUCCCGGGCCCACCUAAAGCCUCGCAGUCAUCAUGCUCAGUCCAAGACACAGCCUCAUAGUUAUUCAGCAUAUCCACAGGCCCAUUCUUACUAUCAGGCUCAAAUCCCAAUACAGGCACGCAGCUAUCCAAUGCAUCCUCGGAUGAUGCGUUACCAGCGCAGACCUCAUCUUCAGCCUUGGGUCAGGGCAACUGCCACAAACCACCAGAUUCUGCAAGGGGCUUAAACGAAGAGGGCCAACAUCAGAAGAUGGAUCAUUAACUGCAUGGAUACAAUUAAACUGAUCUUUAGGGGAAAUGUAAAUAAAUCUGUCUAGACGA